AUGUCGGCGCAGAUCACCCCUGCCCGCAGCCCCGGGCAGCGGGCGUCGGUGGCGGGCCUCCUGGGCGACAUCGCGGGCAUUCUGGGAGGGCAGGAAGUGGACAGCGCGCAGGCGGUGCGGAGGCUCCGGGAGUGCAUUCUCAUUCUUUUCAACGAGUUCAUAUCCGACUCGUCGUCGCGGGUCGCGGGGCAGCGCGAAAUAUGCAGCGUGCUGAAGCUGACGAGCGUCGCACUGGACCGCUACCCCGAGGUCUUCUCCGACGCAACUGACGGCUCAACGCUCUGCAUUCUCGCCAGCGCGAUGCCCCUUCUCGGCGACGCACGCACCGCGUCCUACCGGGACAUUCUCUGCGGCGUCAUUCGCGCCCUGCUGGGCCACGCGCUGGCUCCCGCCUGCACCGCUCCCGGCCUCUUCCUGCGCUGCGCGUGCGAGCUUCUCAGCGACGCGUUCGCCGCCCUCUGCAUCCACUCAACACACCCAGGACGCCGCAUCAUCCUGAGCGGCUUCCAGGAGCUGUGCAAGCGCGCCUCCCGCGGCGCCCAAACACAGGGAUCCCAGCGGGACGUGUCUUCAAUCGACUUCGACGCCUCCGACCCGAACCAGCUGCUGACAAUCGCCGAAGCGCUCUGCCACCUCGUGAGCGUCGUCGCGCUGGGCUCCCCGGGCGCCCCCGGCGGCCCCACUGCCGCGAAGGUCGCUGGGGCGCUGCUGCCGCUGGCGACGUGCGCGUGCCGCGAGGUGCAGGUGUCCGCCAUCGACGCCCUCGCGGCGAUCGUGGGGAGCUAUCCGCAUAGCAGCCCCGGGCACAGGGCGCUCGGUGCCCUCGCGGUGGCGGCGCGGGGCGCGACAGGGAGCACGGCGCACCACAGCGCGCACCAGCGCAGGGAGGACGAGCCGGACUACCUGCUGGCCGAGUCGCUGUCGCGCUGCGCCGUCGCUUGCCUGCGAGCGGAGGUGGGGAGCUCCCGGCCGGCUGGCGUCGGCGCCCUCGCGCGCGCAUUGUCGCAGAUGGCGGUGGCGCAGGCCCCCAAGGCGCCUGGAACGGCCCUCGCGAUCUGCGACGGGCUGAAGGACAUCGUCGGGCUGCAGCCGAGCGAGGCCGGGGCGGUGGCGGACCUGGCGGUCCUGGUCGGGUGCGCGGACUGGGACCUGCACGUCGCCGUCACGGACCUGCUCAUGGGAGCUGCAACGCACCUGCACGCGUGCGGGGCGCUCGAGGAGCACGCCGUAGCGACCGCCUUUGGUCUGACGCACAGUGCCGUCACAGGCAAACGCUCGGCCCCGGAGCGCGACGCGGCGGAGACCCCGCAGGUCGGGGCGAGGAAGCGUCGCAGGGUGUGCAAACGGCGGCCGGACACGUCGACCGCCGAGGGCGGCGCGAGGAGCGAACGUGUGCCUGGCGAUGCGGACGCAGCGAGCGAGGACCUCGAUUGCAGUCUCGAGGAGGCUGCGGCGCAGGCGCUGCUGGCGGGCAUAGCGCAGGCGCUGGGGUGGGGGGACCGACGUAUGCUCGUGCCGGGCAGCACGCCCGUCCGCGCGCAGCGAGGCGCGAGCGCAGCAGUGGGAACGCUGCGCUGCAUCCACGCCGCGGCCUGCAUCCUCGCCCCCGUGCGCUCCGAGGCGUUCCUGCGCGCCGUCGACACCAAACUGACGUCAGCGCUUCAGUCGGGCCAGGCCGGCACGGACGACCCGGCGUACAUCGCAGCAGCUCUCGGGGCUCUCGCCGCGGUGGUUCCACAGGCUGCGAGCGUGUGCAGUGCUACGACCGUGCCCACGGACGCCGUCAAACGCGUGCUGCGCGAUGCUAUGGUGCGGCGAGCGACGUUCGACACGCGGAGCGUCACGGGCGCCGCAAUGUGCGCCGCGCUGCUGUGCAUGCCGUCCAUGGGCGCAGAGCUCGCCUGGGACGCGGUGCGCGUGAGCCGGGAGCGCGACCUCUGCGCGCUGGUGGCGACGUCGUGCAUCGCGCAGGUCGCGUCGCAGCGCGCGCUGGACGCGUUCCACACCGAGCUCCGCACACCUGUGCGCGCACGCGGCGCGCAGACGCAGCGCGGCGCCGCCAGCUUCGAGGCGGACCUGUGGGACAUUGCCAGCACGGUCUUUGAUCGUUUCGACGGACCCUUCCCGAACGGCGAGAGGGGCGCGGAGCUGGUCGCGCAGGAGAUCAGCGCGCUCGCGCAGGUCGUGCUGGAUCCGACAACGCCGCACGACGCGCUCGACCUGCCCCGCCGCGCUGUGGAGGCCGCGCUGCAUAUGUGCGCGGAAGCCGCAGGCAUGUGGGCGCGCGGGGAGGCGCUCGGGCUCGAUUUCACGGCGCAGGCGGCCGCUGCGCUGUCGAGCUCUCUCGUAGCCGCGGAGCGGGUCGCCGAGCCGAAGACCAGCGACGGCGAGGAGCCGGAAGUCGAGGAACCUCGACUGCGGAAGGUCGUGCUCCUAGCUCCGGUCCCGGGGCGGCCCUGGCGAUGGAGCAAGCUGCUGGAGCGCCUUCUGUCGAACCGAUCCGCGUCGGCGAUCUGCAAGGGCCACGCGUGUCGCGCAGUCGCCGCUCUCGCGCCCACGCUGCCUGACACGCCCGAGACUCAGAGCCUGUUCUCCGCGUGCCUUUCUUUGAUCGAGGUGGUCGGAGACCGCGCCCUGGCGCUGCCGCUCGAGACCUUGUUGGUGUGCCUGGUCCAGGACUGUCCGGACACGUUGCGGAGCGCGCUGUGCGCGCCCACGCCGUCCCCGGCGCCCGCGAAAGCGAGCGACUCCGAAGUGGCGCUGGCACGAAUGCUCCGGCAGGCGCACGACGGCGCGCAGGCCGCGGGAACGGAGGAUACGGGGCGCCUCGUGGCGGUCAUGCGGCUGUCCGCGGCCCUUGCGGGCGCCGCGAGGACCGCGGAGGGCCAGCUGGUUCCGCUGGCGUUGCUGGCGCUGGCAAUGACGCCCACAUCGGGGGUCGACGCCGCGAGCGGCGUCCAGUGCCGCGUGCUGGCGAUGGAGAUGCUGACGAUCGUCGCGCGGCGGCGCGGGCGCACGCUUCGCCAGCUGAUCAGCGGGAACGACAACUUGCUGGAGUUUGUCGGGCGGAACGUUGCGUCGCGCCCUCUGCUGCUCCCGCGGCUCGCGCAGCUCCUGUACGGCCGCGGGGCGCAGUCGUCGGCGCUGGCGGCGAUGGUGGGCCACGUCGCGCUCCCGCGGCUGGUCGUGUUGGACAACGAGGCUGGCGUGUGUGCGCUGGCGGACGUCGCGGGCGUCCCUGUGGCGCGCAUGGUCGAGGAGGCGAUCCCGCGCGUGCUGGGCCUGAUGUUCGCGGAGUUCAGCGACGGCGCGCUGUGGGACAAGCAGUACGGCGCGCUGGACCGGCUGUCGGGCAGGAAAGUAGAAGCGGUGUUGUACCAGCAGCCGGAGAAGGUGGUGGUGGAGACGAUGCUGCGCGAGGCCGGGCGCGCGGACUGGCCCGCGGCAGGGGACCUGGCCGUGCCGCACGCACAGCUGCGCGAGUGCCGCGGGAAGCUCGAGACGCUGGUGGGGCUCGUGGGGGAGGGCGCGGGGGCUCUGCGGGGCACCACGGGGGGGCUCGCGACGGUCCUCGCGGAGAAGUGGCUGGUGGGGAUCCUGUACAAGAUCGGCAACAUGAUGGGCGAGAGGGAGGUCGGCGGGGAACCGAGCAUGGACGGCGUGCGCCCUGUGCGGUGCCUGUGCAUGCUCAUCGACUACAUAUCCGCGCACGUCGCCGAGCACGUGCCCACUUUCAUGACGCUGCUGUCACGCGCCGCUGCAUCCCCGGACGCCGGGGUGGCCUCGCAGGGCCUGUCGGGCUGGGCGAUGCUCGUGCGCGCUCUCGGCAAGCACGCCCGCGAGGAGCUCCGUCGCGUCGCCGGGCAGGUCGUGGUCGUCAUGCUGCCCCUGCUGUCAGGGGAGGGGGUCUCUGGAUCAGUCCCCCUCGCCGCGGGCGUGCUGCAGGAGCUCGUCGUGCAGCACCGGCGGAUCCUCGGCGGCGCGACGCUCCAGAAGCUGCCGCCGAUGCCCGCGCUCGCGGAGCUGCAGGAGGUGCAGGACGUCUUGGCUGCGGAGCGGCGAGGCAUGUCUCCAAAGGCCCGGCUGGAGCUGUUGGUGUUCGGGCUGUCGGACGACACGCUCGCGGUCCGCCACGCGGCGCUCAAGGAGCUCCUGUGCCAACUGCGCGACGACACGGCUUUCUCGCGAGGGGUGCUGGAGGCAAUGGCGCGCUCGCCGGCGCCCGGCGCCGCGGCCGAAGCGCACCCCGGCGACCCCGGGCGCGGCCCGGACGACCUGCCUGCUGCCGAGGACGUCGCCGGGCUGAUGUCGCAGCUGCUGCGGUGCUUCGACGGCGGCGUGAGCGGGCCGCUCACGAGCGGCGUCCAGCUGCUCGCCGCGGAGUGUCUGGGCAUCCUCGGCGCGUGGGACCCCGCGCGGGCCCGCAUCACAAUGGCGGCGCACCACAUCACGGGCGCGCACCGGUUCUGCGUGGACGACAAGCGCACGCUCUCGAUGAUGAAGCACCUCGUCGUGGACCACCUCGUGCGCAUCCUGCGGACCGCGACCGACCUCGAGACGCUCACGUCUUGCAUGUACGCGGUGCAAGAGGUGUUUGACAUUGCACGCUCGCUCGUGCCGGAGAGCGCGGGCGACGACACGAGCGACGGCGUGCAGGGCAGCGCCGGGAACCCGCUGCUGCGGCUGCUCCCGCAGGACGUGCACCCCGUCGUUCGGCCGUUUCUGACCUCGAAGUACCAAUUGAAGAAACGGCUGCCCGCGCAGCGGGGCACGGUGUUCGGGGGGCCGAACCACGCGUCGCUGGACUUCCACAAGUGGCUCUACACGUGGCUGCGGCAGCUCUGCGACGACGCGGAGGCCCAGCGCGGGGACGUCCUGCGCGCGUGCAGCAACGUGAUGAAGAGCGACACUGCGCUGAUGCUGUACCUGCUGCCGUUCGCGGUGCACAACGUCGUGACGUACGCCGGCGCGGGCGCACGGAGCGACGUGUAUGAGGAGAUCGUCGCGGUGCUGCGCGGCGCCGCCGACACCGACCCCGCGGCGCCUCCCCUGCGACGCGCCGCCGGUAACGACGACGCGGCGUCCGCGGAGGAGGGCAAGCGCGAGAUGGUCGGGCUGGCCGUCCAGGCGGUGCUGUCGCUCGUCGACGCCCUGUGGGCCUUCGUCGUCACGAUGCAGAACUCCUCCAACUCGGCGGGGCCCACGGGAGCAAUGACGGCAAACCACGCCUCCGCAUCCACGCAGCGGACGACCGCGCCGGGCGGCGGGGCGGCCGCGGAGGUACACGUCAAGCAGCUCCUGGACCGCAUCCCCGCGGACCUGCUCGCGCGGGCGGCGCACCGCUGCGGCGCACAUGCGCGCGCCUUGCGAUGGUUCGAGCAGCACGCGCGAUACAAGGGCGAGGACGCGAACGGCGCGGCGCCGAACCCCGCGUCCGGGUUCGCGGUCGAGUACACGCGCGAGGAGGCGGCGUUCUUCCAGGAGCUCUUCUCUAGCCUGGACGAUCCCGACUCGCUUGGAGGACUGCUGCGGGUGACCGCGGUGGGGGCGUCGCCGCUGUCUGCUGUCGCUACGGAGCGCAUGGCCGUCGCGGAGAAGAGCGGGCACUUCUCGGAGGCGCUCUCGCUGUACGAGCACGCGAUCCGCAACAGCGGCGCCGGCCUCGACGCCGCCCCAGGGACGCAGCAGCACGGCCCUGAUCUCGCCGCCCUGCACCGCGGACAGCUGCGGUGCAUGCUCGGUGCGGGCCAGCUACAGGGUGUCAAGGACAGAGUGGACGGUUUGUCCUGCCGCGUGCCGGAGCGGCAGCGGCGCGAGCUUGCAGCGUUUGGGGUCGCUGCUGCUUGGCGGCUGGGACACUGGGAGGCUCUUGACGAGUACCUCGUCCCUGCCGGAUGCGUCCCACGUGAGCCGGAGGCCGGCGCGCCGCGCGCGCCCCGUUUCGACCGAGCGAGCGCGCUCGCUCGGUCCGCCCUUGCGCUUUCGGAUUCCGAGGCGUUCGAAGUGCGCAUCGGCGAGCUGCUGAGUCUCGUCCGCCGCGGCUGCACCUCCGAGCUCCGUGCCGCCCUCGAGGUGGCGCGCCGCGAGGCAGCAGCGCCGCUGUCGGCCGCCAGCAUGGAGUCGUACUCGCGGGCGUACCCGUAUCUCGUUCGCCUGCACCUGCUGCAAGAACUGGAGACUUCCGCGCAGACGCUGUUGUCAGACAAGCCCGUGCAGUCGCCCGGCUCGCUCGACGGCGACGACGGGCUCCGGUGGCCGCUUCGACUGGGCAUCACGCAGACCGCGAUGAACGUUCGGGAACCCAUCCUUUCGCUGCGGCGGCAGAUCGCGUCGCUGGCUGGGCUGCAGGACGACGUCGGCCAGCACUGGCUGCAGCAGGCGCGGCUGGCGCGGGAGGCCGGGUUCACGGAUGCGGCGUCGGCGGCGGCGCUCGAGGCGUCGGCACGCGGACAGCGGGCCGGGGAGAUCGAGCUCGCGAAGCUGCUUUGGGCGGAGGACCAGACGCACCGUGCGAUCGUGUCGCUGCAAGAGACGCGGCGGCGCGCGCAGGAGGGACACGCGGGCGGGGUGCAGGACAGCAGCGACGGCGCGGGGCGCGGCGUGUACGCCAACGCGACGCUGCUGCUCGCGCGGUGGAUGGCCGACACGGGGCAGGGGACGUCGGACGAGAUCGAGGCGCUGUUCAGCGCGGCGCUGUCCGCCGGCGGGGGGCGCUGGGAGGGCGCGCACUUCCACCUGGGGCGGUACAUGGACGCUCGCAUGCAGGACGCCCGGAAGCGGCAGGAGGGGAAGACGAGCAGGGCCGGGCUGCGGUUCGGGGCGGCGAAGAAGGCGAACAUCGACUCGUUCGGGCAGGACAAGCCGUGGGCGGCGCUCGUGGCGCCAACCCUCGAGAACUACAGCAAAGCCCUCAAGUACGGCCACAGCACGAUUUUCCGGUGUUUGCCGCGGAUGCUGACGGUGCUGUUCUCGUACGGCGCGGACGUCAUCCGCGCGGGGCGGCAGUCGCGCUCCGGCGAGCGGUCGACGCGCGAGGCGCGCAACGCGGCCACCGCCGUGACCGUCGUCAUGGGCGGCGCUCUGCAGAGCCUGCCGCCGUACGUGUGGCUCGCGGCGCUGCCGCAGCUGGUGUCGCGCAUCUGUCACCCCGUGAAGGAGGUGUCGGAGUGGGCGCGCGACAUCGUGUGCGUCGUCGCCGCGCACUUCCCUCAGCAGGCGUUGUGGAGCCUGGCGGCGGUGCACAACUCGAAGAACCAGGACCGCAGGGCCGCCGCGGAGGCCAUCCUGCGCGGGGCGGAGGGAGAGAUCCCGCGCGUGUGCGGCGAGGCCGCCGCGGAGGCGUUCCGCCUGCACAAAGAGCUGGUGCGGUGGCUGAUCAAUCUCUGCCAACACACUCCGACCAGCAGCAAGCAGACCUCCUUCAAGAUAUCCGAGACGAACCUCCGCGAAAUCUUCGACCUCCUGCCCUUGCCGGUCAUCCUUCCCAUGGAGGGCACGCUCAACGUCGUGCUCCCGCCCAGGGGCCCCGGCGACGCCUCGUUCGACCCCUUCGACGGACGCCGCGUCGAGAUCGUGGGCGUCAACGACUCCGUCGACCUGAUCAACUCCCUGAUGAAGCCGAAGAAGAUGACGUUCCUUGGCUCGGACGGGCGGCAGUACCGCUUCCUCGCCAAGCCGCGCGACGACCUGCGGAAGGACCUGCGCAUGAUGGAGCUGGCCAACGCGCUGAACCGGCUGUUCCUGCAAGAGCCGGAGUCGCGGCGGCGGGGCCUCGCGCUGCGCACGUUCGCGGUGGUGCCGCUGACGGAGGACUGCGGGCUGAUCGAGUGGGUUCCGUUCACGCUCGGCUUCCGCCACGCGUGCUGCGAGGUGUACGGCCUGGAGGGCCUGUACGACCGGCGCACGUCGAACAAGGACAUCAAGCGCAUCUACGACAGCAACUCGCCGCUCAGCGGCGUCCGGCCGUCGCUGUGGCUCAACAGCGUGCUGCGGCAGUUCCCCCCGCGCAUGCACAGAUGGUUCAUGAUCCGGUACCCGGAGCCCGCGCAGUGGCUCGCGGCGCGCGCGGCCUUCUGCAGAACGGCCUCGGCGUGGUCGAUGGUCGGGCACGUCGUCGGGCUGGGCGACCGGCACGGCGAGAACCUCCUUCUUGACUCGUCCUCCGGGGACGUCGUGCACGUGGACUUCUCGUGCCUGUUCGACAAGGGGCUGACGCUGGAGCGGCCCGAGGUGGUGCCGUUCCGGCUCACGCAGAACAUGAUCGACGUGAUGGGCCCCGCGGGCCACGAGGGGGCGUUCCGGUGCGCGUGCGAGACGACGCUGCAGGUCCUGCGGAUGCACCGCGAGACGCUGCUGUCCGUCGCGGAGACGUUCGUGCACGACCCGUUCGUGGACUGGAGCAAGGGGCGCGGGAGCAGCGGCGCGUUGGCGACGGAGCAGGACAACCCGAUGGCGCGGGACGCGCUGGAGACGAUGGAGGGGCGGCUGACGGGGACGCUGGUGGGCGUGGACUCGACGCCGUCGCUGCCGCUGUCCGUCGAGGGGCACGCGCACCGGCUCAUCGUGGAGGCAACCGACAGGGACAAACUCGGGGCAAUGUAUAUCUGGUGGAUGCCCUGGUUCUGA